UGUCAUAAAAGUGAGCUUUUUCCUGUUGGCUACUUAGUCGCUCGCGGUAGGUCAGCAUGAUUAAAAUUUUUGCGUUCUGCGUUUUGCUCGUUGUCGGUGCCAGUAUGGUCACUAUACAAGAAGCAACGGCUGCGCAUCACUGUCCUGCGAAUCAAACGUGGAACACAGGCUGUCGCUCAGCAUGUCCGCCAAGGUGUCACGUGCAAUACGCGUGUCUAGCUAUUAUUUGCUCUCCACCGGCGUGCACCUGCUCUCCUGGUUACAUAUUGAAGGGGAAAGCAUGUGUUAAACCUCAAGACUGCUGAAUAAAAAGUUUUUAAUUGAGAUUGUACCGAUUGUUGAUUAAAAAAUACGUGUACGAUAUGCAAUCAAUUAAAAAGUUUGUCAAUAAUGCUGGAAGUAAUUUACCUUACGUUCGCUAACUGGAUUAUUCAAUACGAUUUUUUGCAAUAAAGUGACAACGAGCAAUAACACUAAUUGCUGUUGAUACAAAA